AUGGGCGCAUGUGGCGGGAAGAACCCAGCGGCGCGAAGCCACAGCUUGGUUCCCUCCGACGACAAGGCCCAGGCCAAUGGCGGCUACCCUGGCGGCAGCGGCACCGCUUCCACCAAUUCGAGAAUGAAGGCAGACGGCAUCAACCGCCGGCAGUUCAUUCUCAGCAAUCCUGGCCAGAUCAAAGAGUUCUACAAGCUGGACUCGAAGAAGAUCGGCGAGGGCACUUAUGGCUCCGUGGCCAUCGGCGUGCAUCAGCAGACCAAUGUGGAGCGCGCGGUCAAAACCAUGUCAAAGGGCAACAUCAAGCAUGUGGAGCGCUUCAUGCAGGAAAUUAACAUCAUGAAGUCCAUGGACCACCCCAACAUCAUCAAGCUCUUCGAGACCUUUGAGGACCGGAAGCAGAUCUUCCUGGUCAUGGAGCUUUGUCAAGGAGGCGAGCUUUUCGACCGCAUCAUUGAGGCAGGACAUUUCACGGAGAAGGAUUGCGCCAUCGUGGUUCAACAGAUGCUUUCUGCAGUGUUGUAUAUGCACACAAGCGGUGUCUGCCACCGUGACCUCAAGCCCGAGAAUUUCCUCUUCCUGACGAAAGGCCCAAUCGACAAGAACGUCCUGAAGAUCAUCGAUUUCGGCCUCUCCAAAGCUUUUGAAGACGGUGUUCACAUGACCACAAAGGCCGGCACGCCGUACUAUGUGGCGCCACAGGUUCUCCAGGGCAGGUACGACAAGUCCUGUGACAUUUGGAGCUGUGGAGUUAUCAUGUACACGAUGCUGUGCGGAUAUCCGCCCUUCUACGGAAAGACGGACCAGGAGGUCUUGAGUAAAGUGAGAAAAGGCCUGUACACUUUUGACUCGAAAGACUGGAAGUUCGUGUCGGAGGACGCGAAGAAGCUUAUCUCUCAGUUGAUCAAGCUGGAUCCGGAGCACAGAUACACGUCCAAGCAGGCGCUUGACGACCCCUGGAUCGUGCAAAGAGCGCCGCGAGCAGCGGACGUGUCGCUCCACGGCGACCAGCUGUUGAACCUCCGCUCCUUCAGGUCACAGAACCGACUCAAGAAGGCUGCCCUGAAUAUUAUCGCAGGGCAGAUGAACGAAGCGCAGAUUGCGGACUUGAGGGAUGUCUUCAAAGCCUUGGACAAGAAUGGCGAUGGCUUCCUGACGCUGGAGGAGCUCCAGGACGGCAUCACCAAAGCAGACAUCAAGCACAAGGACAUCGACCUCGCUGCAAUCAUGGAAGGCGUGGAUGCUGACGGCAGUGGGCAGAUUGACUACACUGAGUUCUUGGCCGCGACGCUGGACAAGAGACUGUAUCUCCAGCGGGAUGCCUGCUGGGCAGCCUUUAGUGUGUUUGACCAGGAUGGCAAUGGCCUCAUCACAGUCGAUGAGCUCAAGCAAAUUUUGGAGGAUGGCAGCAUGGAGGAAGUGCUUGAUGGCCGAACCUCCGAGGAGCUGCUGCAAGAAAUCGAUAAGAAUGGCGAUGGAUCGAUCGAUUUUGAGGAGUUCAUGGACAUGAUGGAGAAAGGCCGCUCGCAAUCCAUGGAGCUGAACACCCCGAAGGCCUGGAGAUCUGCGUGCCACAUACUCUACUCAUCAGUCGCCUUCGGCCUGAGCACAGUUACCGCAUGA